UAUCUCUUUUCUCCCCACAUAAAAUGACUUCGUAAUCUUCCUACGUAUAAUACCGAUCAAUGGAACCUCAUUGGUGCACCCUCCAAUGCUGUUUUCUCUGAAAACCGUCAAAUCUCUAUCUUUCAUAAUUUGUUCGAACAUUCAGAUUAGAUACAUUUUUAGCUUCCCGUAUUUUCCGGUAGUUCAACUGAACAACGAAUUCGUCCGGAAUUCUGUCUAUGUUCAUAAAAUCUCAAUUGUCUUAUCCAUUAUCACGAAAUAUUCGGAGCCGUUUCAGAAAAUAUUAUCAAGUAGGUCGAUAAAACAAUCAUUUAAGGGCUAAUAUGGUAGUUACAUCAUCCUCAUCAAAUCCCGUUCCCUGCGCUACCGCCUUCUUCAUCCUUUGGGUUGCAGGUUUUCUCUAAGGCCAACCCUUCGGAUCAACAGAAAAUUUCCAACAACGACCUCAACAUCGACUCAUCGUGGCGGAAAGAAGACGAGUUAGAGUUUUGAUCAUCCGUUCUGCUUUCCCUUGUCUUUUUCUCUUGUUCAUAAGAGAAUUGAUCACGGAGAAACUCUGAAUUAUUGGCUUAAUUCGCGAGUUGAAUCAUAUAUUGUUUAGGUUUUCGCAGAAGGGUUUGAUCGAGGAGUAUUAGAUUUCCCCAUUUUUUGUGACGUACCGGUUCAUCCAAGAUGGGAACUUGUGUUGAUCACCGGGGGCUCGCCGCCCCUGCCGAAGGAGAUGCCCGUGAUGAUGGUGGGAUGGAUUGUCGUAACUGUGCGGCAGCUGGGGAUCUUUGGGUUAGAUUGGCAGGUGUUGGAGUCGGACAGGUUGGUGGUUUUAGCCAUGAAAGUGAGCACGACUUGGCUUUAAUGGUUAGCGAUUUUUUGGAGAAUGGAAGCGGUGGAACAGAUUCGAGGUGCAGUAGUGAUAGCGACUCUGGCGUCUCCGACCUCGCUCAUCUCGUUGAGAAGAUUUCGUUCCAUAAGCAUAAAAUGGAUCAGUUUGAAAGCAACUUGUUGUCAAUAGUACAUUCCCUUAUACUUUCUGUCAAUGGCAUCGACCUUCGAUCUGUCAAGCCAGGCCAGUGCAAUGCUAGCUGCAUCAGGUUUUUUCUUGUAAAGCUUCUGAGAUUUUCAGGUUACGAUGCUGCUGUUUGUGCUGCCACAUGGCAAGGUAGUGAGAAGGUCCCUGGAGGUGAUCAUGAGUAUAUUGAUGUGGUCACACAUCGUGAUACUGGGCACUCCGAACGCUUAAUAAUCGAUGUGGAUUUUUGGAGCCACUUCGAAAUAGCAAGAGCAGUUGAAUCUUAUGAUGUAGUAUUGAAUUCUCUUCCAGUAGUUUAUGUGGGCUCUCUGUCCAGGCUAAAACAAUUCCUACAAGUCAUGGUAGAAGCUGCAAGGUCUUCCCUCGAGCAAAACUCCAUGCCUCUUCCACCAUGGAGGUCUUUUGCUUAUUUGGAAGCCAAGUGGCACUCUGCCUACCAGAGAAAGCUCAACCCGGAUGAACAGAGCAUCCAAGAGAUUGGUUCUUCUGAUCAUAAGCAGUGCAUGGGGCACUUGAGAAGGCUAAAAUCUUCUCUCCAGUUGGAAAUUGAAGCAGGACGAUUGUUGAAGCCCAUAAACAAUGAUAAUAACAGGAGGCUGAAACUAGAGAGGUGGAGGCCUUCUCCAUUCAGGACGCAAUGAAGAUGUAUUGAUCUUCAGGCAUGUUAUCCGAUAAAACUGUUCAUUUUUUUAUCGGAUAACAUGCCUGAAGAUCUUCGGGUGGUAGCAGAGGGCAUCAAAUAACUCAACCAGAUGGAAAGCUGGUCUAUAGCUAACACCAACAACUGAUACAUCAAUAUGGAGGUGGGGGAAGUCUUCAUCUCAUAUUUGAGGAGGAAAACAUUUCCUUUCAUUCUUUUUUUUUUUUUUUUUGGGUUACACCAGCAGCAAACACCAUGGAAAUCGGCAUUGGGAGAUGGACUACGUGGGGGAUCGUUUGGACCAGUCAAGAGGUUUUUUAAUUCUGGUGCAGCAUUAAUCUAUGGGAGAUUUGAGUUUGUGCUUUUUUUUUUUUUUUUGAGUGAAUUCCUCGCCUCUUUUACGGGCACGGGGGGAUUUUUACAUUACAUCUAUAUGGUUUCUAUGCCCCAUAUAUUUCAACUGAAUUUCUUUUCUGGCCGAGGUCAGAAGUCUGAUGUCUGAUAGAAUUUGUUUCUACUA